AAUUUCCCCUUAAUGUGUCAAAACAACAGAAAGAAAAAGGAAACAGGAAGGAUCGUUUCAACACAACUGUUUUACCUCCAGUAAGUGACCCACAGUCAGUCUCUCCAACAGAAAACGAUGGACUCGCGCUUCACUAGAGGAAAGUCCACCAUUCUGGAGCGACCUUUGAGCCGACCCAAAACUGAAGUGAGCCUGAGCGCCUUCGCCUUGCUGUUCUCAGAGAUGGUCCAGUACUGCCAGAGCCGGGUGUACUCUGUGAGCGAGCUGCAGACCCGGCUGGCAGAGAUGGGUCAGCGUGUGGGAGCCAGCAUGCUGGACGUUCUGGUGCUGAGAGAGAAGAAUGGGAAGAGGGAGACCAAAGUGCUGAACAUGCUGCUCUUCAUCAAGGUCAAUGUGUGGAAGUCUUUAUUUGGUAAAGAGGCUGACAAGCUGGAGCAAGCCAAUGACGACGACAAGACUUAUUACAUCAUCGAGAAAGAUCCUCUCAUCAACGCCUACAUCUCCGUUCCCAAAGAGAACAGCAGCUUGAACUGUGCGGCCUUCACUGCAGGCGUGGUGGAGGCCAUCCUCACUCACAGCGGCUUCCCCGCCAAGGUCACCGCCCACUGGCACAAAGGCACCACCCUGAUGAUCAAGUUCAACGAGUCGGUUAUAGCCAGAGACAAGGCUCUGGAUGGCAGGUAGAGACUGCAGACCGGCGGGGUGAAGAGGUUCUGACCCAGACGUACAGAGGUCCAGUUAUAACAGAUGAGUUUAUGGAUCAUUUAAUGUGUUGUUCUUUAUAGGAUGUGUUGUUUGCUUUUGUUUCGAAUCUUUAAUUAAAUAUAAAUAAAACUUUGGCUGAUGAAUAAAUUGCUCCUUAAUUCAUGAUCAAUAAUGUGCUGUAAAUAUCUUUUUUUUAAGGCUCACCACUUCCCCUACUGCAGAUAUCUUUUUAAUUAACCCAUUAAAUGAAGUCAGGGAUUGGAACCAGUCAGUCAUUCGAUUUUUUUUUUAUGAAAUCAGACUUCUUUCUCUGCAUGCUCAUUCAGACUAAUAUUUCAUACAGUCACCAUCAGACUCCAGGCUGAGCGUUUGCCUCGGUGUGACGCCAAUGGGCAGAAGGAAGGUAUAGACUAGGGCUGAAGUCCUGAAUUGAUUCGAUUUUGAUUCAUACCUUUCUAAAUCAAAUAAUUUCGAUUCGAUCUGAAUUUACAAUAAUGAAAGUGGUUCAACUGUGUUUCAAAACACUUAUUUUAUUUUUUUCCUGUCACAUUAAACACAAAGUGCAAACUUGUAUCGGACAGUUUAAACUUGAGAUGUGAACAAAACUGUCUCAAAAGUGCAAACUUGUUUGUGAAAAGUGAAAAAGCCUCACAUGAGCAAGCAGACAUGCAUGAUGAUCUGCAUUAUCUUCACUGCAAAAACCAUAUUUGCAGCAUUGUAACAACUACAGGGUGUUUUCUGGUCAGCCUCCAUUUGUAAAUGUCUUCAAUCAACAUAUUAGCUAUCUAGCUUGAAGUAUGAAUGCAUCUUUCCUGCUCAUUUGAAUGUGAACAUCACACACGUCACUAUAAAACUCGAUCGAUCUCAUUCCCUAGACAUUGAUUUUGCAAAAAUGUAAAGGAAUCUAUUCAAAAUCGCUUAAAUUGAUUUUUUUUUACCCAGCCCUAGUGUAGAUGUCUCACAGUAGGGAACUGUGCAGAAUAUAAGUUGUUUAUGAUCAUAUAAGGGCUGCAGCUAAGCACUAUUUUGCUAAUUGAUUGAUCUGUCGACUCUUUUUGGAUUAAUAACGGGAUAAAAAAAGGUUUCCUAAAGAAGAUUUAACACAGAAUUUAAACCAAGUGAAGUGAAAACUACGCUAUUUGAGGACUUCAGGAUUGAUUAUUUAAAUAGACCAAAAGGGUUUUUUUUACCUUUAAAAGCAAAACAUUUGGAUUUUUUUUUUAACCGUUUUUCCCUAAUAACUGCUUUGAGUUGGUUUCUCUGUGAGCUAAAGACAUCUUUUACUCUAUACUCAACAAUUAAUCCAUUAAACUCUAUUAGUUGACAUUUGUUUCAGCCCAGAUCUUAGGAUAGGAUGAAGGAAGGUAAAAAAGAACAUAAUUAUUCCCAGUGUGUUUUCUGGAGGUGUGACUGGAUUAGGACUGGAAUAAUAAUCAGAUUCAUGUUGAUUAAUCGAUUAUUGAAAUAAGCGUCAACUAAUUUAGUAAUUGGUUUGAUUAACUGGCCCCUUUACUUAAGACAUAAUACUAAAUAUGUUUUCAGAAACAGAAACCAUCACUGAAAGUUCCCUUAGAUCUAUUUUAUAUUUUUACCUUCACACUUAAUUCAACAGUGAUUUCAAAAUAAAGGUGUUUCACUUUUAGCUCCAGUGGUAUUGAGACGGGAUCAUCGUUUUAGGGAGGAACUGAUUGCAGAUCCCUAUGAAGCCUGAAAUGUCCAUUCCAAUUUUGACUGAGAUUUUCUUUACAAAAGUUGUUAAAGGAUCUCAAUAUGCCUUCAAUGUUUGGGUCUUAUGUUGAUGAAAAUUAACUGAAAAAAUAAAAACUUGUUUGAACUGCA